AGUGUUUUCGCGUGCUGUGCUGUGAGCGCUGCUGCGGGGAGCUGUGAGGAGGCUGUCCACAACAUGAAGGCAGUGACCUAUGAUGAUGUGCAUGUUGACUUCAGUUGGGAAGAGUGGAAGUUGCUGGAUCCUUUCCAGAAGAAUCUCUACAAAGAUGUGAUGCUGGAGACCUACAGGAACCUCACUGCCAUAGGAUACAGUUGGGAAGACCAUAAUAUUGAGGAACAUUGUCAAAGUUCUCAAAAACAUGGAAGGCUUGAAAGAAGUCAUACUGGAGAGAAACCUUCUGUAUGUACUCAGUGUGUUAAAGCCUUUGCAUAUGACAGUCAUCUUCAAAGGCAUGAAAGCACACAUGCUGGAGAAAAACCCUAUAAAUCUAGCCAAUGUGGCAAAACCUUUGCACAUGAUAAAAAUCUUCAAAUGCAAAAAAGAACACAUACUGGAGAGAAACGCUAUCAAUGUAAUCAAUGUGGUAAAGCCUUUGCACGUCAUAGUAAUCUUCGAACACAUAAAAGAACACACACUGGAGAGAAACCCUAUGAAUGCAAUCAAUGUGGUAAAGCCUUUCCACAUUACAGAAAUCUUCAAAUACAUAAAAGAACACAUACUGGAGAGAAACCCUAUGAAUGCAAUCACUGUGGUAAAGCAUUUGCACGUCAUGGUAAUCUUCAUGCACAUAAAAGAACACAUACUGGAGAGAAACCCUAUGAAUGCAAUCAAUGUGGUAAAGCCUUUUCUCACCCCAGUCAUCUUCAAACACAUAAAAGAACACAUACUGGAGAGAAACCCUAUGAAUGCAAUCAAUGUGGUAAAGCUUUUGCACAACAAAUUACUCUUCAAAUACAUAAAAGAACACAUACUGGAGAGAAACCCUAUGAAUGCAAUCAAUGUGGUAAAGCCUUUUCAGACCACAGUCAUCUCCGAACACAUAGAAGAACACAUACUGGAGAGAAACCCUACAAAUGUAAUGAGUGUAGUAAAGCCUUUUCGUGUCGUAGAUAUCUUAAAAAGCAUAAAAGAAGACAUGCUGGAGACUAUGACUAUAAUCAAUGUGGUAAAGCCUUUGUACAACACAAUCAUCCCUAAACAAAUAAAACAUACUGGAGAGAAACCCUAUGAUUGUAAACAAUGUGGUAAAUCUUUUGCACAUCCCAGUAAUCUUCAAAUACAUAAAAGAACAUAUAAUGGAGAGAAACUCAAUGAAUGUAAUCAGUGUGCUAAAGCUUUUAUAUGUCAGGCGUCUUCAAAAUCGCGAGAGGAGCCGUACUACAGGGAAUCCUAAAGAUAUAGCUGGUGUGCUGAGCCUUUGCAUUGUGUGUAGGGGUAGAACUGUGUGCAGUCAGUCUGUUGAAGCCUGCAUCUUACAGUAGUCCUUGA